UAACAUGUUAUCCGUGCUUUGUAAUGAAUGGAUUUUGUUUCGCACUUACAGGUCAUGGCUGAGGCCGGCAAACCAGACAGUUCAGCAAAAACGAAACAAGAGCAAAACAUGGAGGCUACCGAUACUGACGAAACACUAUUACAAGACGCUCUGAUACUCCAAAACCAACUUGACUCCAGUAUGAAAUUGAGAGGCAAAGGCAUGCUGCCUCUUUUUAAACAUCCCUCUCCAGCGGAUGAAGGCGAUGAAGAGGAAAUCACACGAAGAUGUAACGCCCACCAAGAACGGGAAAAAACAAAAGAGCGGCAAGUAGUACCUCUCUGUGUAAAGAUCGAAGUACUCCCGAGUGUCAUAUUUCAAUGAACACUUACGUAACUUAAUAAUAAAUCAUUUGAUUUGAACCUUUUUGGUUAACAAUAAAUA